ACACAUACAUGCCCCUUUUUUCUCUUUCUUUUCUUUCAACAAAGGAUAUAUCCCUGCUGUAACUGGGUGCGCGCACAAUUCCAAAGUUUGGAAAAGGAAAAGAGAAAGCCAACAAAAAGCUGCGACGAGAGGAGAGGAGAGGAGACAGCCCAUUCCUUCACUUCCUCCUCCAUUUCUCUCUCCUUGCAUUUGCUCUAUUUGGUAUUUGUUUCUUUGCUUCGGUAUUCUCUGUCUGUCUCUAUUCGUCUCUGGAGAAAUCCACCACGUUUGGCUGAACCAGGCCUCUGAGGGGGAGCUUAGGAUUGGCUGAUUGUUUGCCUCAGACAAGCAUUGGCGACCAUUUUCUGAAAGAAACGAGAAAAUUUUCAGUGGGAUAUUUAACUAGAGUUCUGUUUCGCUAAUGGGUCGUGCAAAUUGGAAUUUGUUCGUGAAGAUCCUCGUUGGGCUGCUCAUGGUCUCUUUGAAGCCUUUUUGCUUUGGAGACACUGACCUCCGCGAUGUUGCUGCAAUCAAUGCAUUAUUCAUUUCUCUUGGCUACCCUCCUCUGCGAGGGUGGAUUCUUGUUGGAGGUGAUCCAUGUGGGGAGAAGUGGCAAGGGGUUGAAUGUGUAUUCUCAAAUAUAACAGCGAUACAGCUCAGUGGUUUGAAUUUGGGAGGAGAGCUAGGCAGUAGCUUGGGCCAAUUUGAGUCGAUAAUAUCAAUAGAUCUAAGCAACAACCAUAUUGGAGGCAAUAUUCCAUCUAUGUUGCCCCCUACACUAAGAAGUUUUUCUUUAUCAGCUAAUCAAUUCACUGGAAGCAUUCCCCCUGGACUGGCCUCACUGACACAAUUGAUGGACUUGUCGUUAAACAAUAACCUUCUUACCGGGGUGAUACCCGAUGUCUUCCAGCAGCUUAAUGGCUUGAAUAACUUGGACUUGUCUGGCAACAACUUGAGCGGCCCAUUGCCUCCCUCGAUGGCUGAUUUGUUCUCCCUUACUACAUUGCAUUUGCAGAACAAUCAACUUUCUGGGAUGCUCAAUGCUCUACAGGAUCUUCCACUGUCGGAUUUGAAUAUAGAGGACAAUCUUUUUUCUGGACCUAUACCUCCAAAGUUGUUGGGCGUACCAAAUUUCAGAAAGGAUGGAAACCCGUUUAAUACUACGAUAAUUCCAUCCGCGCCUGCUUUAGCCCCUUCACCAUUUGCUCUCGCACCGGUUACUGUGGGACAACCAACAAGUCAGACGGGCUCAGGUCAGCCAUUUUCUUCAGGAACUCCUGAAUCAGAUGGAGCAAGUGGUUUUUUCUCUACUAGGCGGAUCAUGUGGAUUGCUAUUAUUGGCACUGUAAUAGUUGUAGCAUUAGGAUCCUGUCUUCUCGUGCCAAUAUGCUUGAAAAGAAGAAGCAAGCAUCGAGAAGACACGAACAGCGCUGAUAUGGCAUCUAAAUAUAAGCCAAAACCCACGAAGCCGCCCUCGGUUGCAAUUGAUGACAUGGAGAAAGGUCAAAGGGAGACCAUUCUUAAGCCACUUGAUGGAGACAGAGUGAAGGAUAGAAUAAUGGAUUUUACCCCAAGGCUGCAUGAUAGACAGGAGGCAAAUGGGAAAAGAAAAGAUGCUUCUAAUCAUACGAGUUUUCGUAGAGACGAUACUGAUAUUUCAGGCAUAAGCGAUGACUUCCUAGCACCGCCUCCUCCUCCCCCAUUUCCGCUCCUUUCAAUGCAGGAGGUCACGAAACCAAUUGUGGCAGCUGAAGUAUCUAGUAGAGUACCUAAAAAACCAAACUCUAGUUCUUUGAAAGUCUUCACAAUCGCGUCACUUCAGCAGUACACAAAUAGUUUCUCUGAAGAUAAUCUUCUUGGAAGAGGCAUGCUUGGCAGUGUCUAUAGAGCUGAACUUCCAAGUGGAAGGCUUCUGGCUGUUAAAAAACUGGAUGGUGCCUCUUCAAUGCACCGGAGCGAUGAUGAAUUUCACGACCUUGUAUCUAAUAUAUGCAAAAUUCGGCACGAUAACAUUGUCGAGCUUGUGGGCUACUGUGCUGAGCAUGGACAAUAUCUACUCGUAUACGAGUAUUGCGUAAAUGGCACACUCUAUGACGCACUACACGUGGACAAGGACAUGCAUCAAAAGCUUUCAUGGAACAUGCGCGUAAGGAUUGCACUCGGAGCCGCGAGAGCCCUUGAGUAUCUACAUGAGGCCUGUCAGCCACCCAUCAUGCACCAAAAUUUUAAGUCUGCUAAUAUUCUACUGGACAAUGAGCUAAAAGCGCGGGUCUCUGACACUGGCUUGGCUCCACUGCUUUCAAGUUCAGCAACUCAGUCAUCCGGGCGUUUCCUCCCACCUCAUGGUUACAGUGCUCCUGAAUUCGAGUCGGGAACUUACACUUACCAAAGUGACGUUUUUAGCUUUGGAGUCAUAAUGCUAGAGCUUCUCACUGGGCGGAAGUCGUGUGACCGAUCAUUGCCUCGGGGAGAGCAAUUUCUAGUUAGAUGGGCUGUUCCGAGGCUCCACGAUAUCGAUGCGUUAUCAAGAAUGGUCGAUCCCUCGCUUAAUGACAUGUAUCCCAUAAAGUCGUUAUCGCGCUUCGCUGAUAUUAUAUCCUCUUGUAUAAUGCGAGAGGCCGAAUUUCGGCCGCCAAUCUCAGAAAUUGUACAGGAACUCUUACAAAUGCUCUAGGGAAGAUAUCAAGUGAGAAGUUGGAAUGGUUUAGCAGAGGAUCUUGGUAGAAGAUGAAGCAAAGUUUUGAGCAUCAAAAGUUGGUGCCAAAAAGUUGGAGUAGUUUUGACAUAUUCACAUUGUUUUUCUUAUUUGGGUAAAGAGGUUUGCCUUUUAAUUGUUUGAUCAUUGUUUCUUGUGAAUAUUACCCCAUCAAUUAAGUUUCCUGCCAUUGUAAAAUUGUUUAUAAGCUUAGCUAUAUUCUUACAUUUAUUUUUCAUAUUCUAUC